AUGACUAGGAGGAAAGGUAAGGCAGUUGUACCAAGUUCUACCAGGAGAAAGGUUGCUUCUAGAAGUCCCUCUACUGACUCUAUCAGGAAGAAAAGUACCUCUAUAGGUCCCAUUAAGAGCAGAGCUGUAUCCCAGAGUGUCUCUGUUGGUCCUACAAAAUCUUGGAGCAAAGUUAUUCCCAGGAAAAGGAAGGCUCAAGCUAUUGUUGACUCUGACUCUGAUGUUGAUGUUGAUGCUCAAGAAAUUCCUCUAAGGAAAAAACCAACAACUAGCAAGCUGGCUGCUAGUGUUCCUGAGGUACCCAUUGAUAAUAUCUCUUUUCAUUACCCUUCUAGUGUCAAUAGGUGGAAAUAUGUUCACCACAAGAGGUUAGCCUUAGAAAGAGAGUUGGCUCAGAAUGUACUUGAGAAUAAAGAAAUCAUGGACCAAAUUCAUGAAGCUGGACUAAUGAAAACUGUUGUUCACUUACCUAAGUGCUAUGAAAUGCUAGUAAAAGUGUUCAUUGUGAAUCUAUUAGAAGACUGUGUUGAUAGAAAAUCAAAGGACUUUAGGAAAGUGUAUGUGAGAGGAAAGUGUGUCACCUUCUCCUCAACUGUUAUCAACAACUUUCUUGGAAGAUCUGAUGAAGCCCAACCUGAACUAGAAGUGUCUGACAACAAAAUAUGUGAAGUUAUCACGGCUAAGCGGGUGAAAGGAUGGCCCCUGAAAGGAAACCUUACUGCAAGCAAGCUCAGCAUAAAAUAUGCAACGUUACACAAGAUUAGAGCUGCUAACUGGGUGCCCAUAAACCACAAGUCAAAUGUUGCUACUGUGCUGGGAAAAUUUAUAUUUGAUGUUGGAACCAAGACAAAGUUUGACUAUGGUACUUAUAUAUUUGAUCAGACAAUGAAGCAUGCUGGGAGGGAAAGUGCUAUUUCAUUUCACUAUAAAUUAUUUCAAGGAACCCAUGUUCCUGAAAUUAUCACAACAUCAGCUGGAACAUCCAAAGACAACACAACUACAAGAAAAUCUGUUGUGAUUGAAAUGCUCAUGGAAACAUGUAAGGAGCUAGAGUCCAAAAAAUUUGGUCUUGAAAGAUUGAUCAGCUCCCUUGAGUUGGAUGAAGAAGCUGAGUUUGCUGAUACUAAUAUGGAUGAACAGGGUGAAGAAGAUGGUGAAUCAGAUAGAGAGAUUGAGAAAGAAGCCAGUCUCGAUGAUGGCACUGAUGCAGAUGCUGGACUCAGUAAAUCUGAGUCUGAAGACUGA